AUGGGAUUGUGGAUUGGGAGAGGCACCGGAGGAUUUAUCCUCUAUCUUCUCGUGGGUUUUUCGGUCGCCGUCUUCUCUGUUUCUUACGUCGGAGAUACAAACCCUAAUAUUCAUCGUCUCUCGUCGUCUUCUCCGGUCUCUGUCACCGAUAAAGUUUGGCCGGAUUUGAAGUUUAGUUGGAAGCUUGUGGUAGCUACUGUAAUAGCGUUCCUAGGAUCUGCGUGUGGGACGGUUGGUGGCGUUGGAGGCGGUGGGAUAUUCGUUCCUAUGCUCACUCUCAUCCUCGGAUUCGAUACAAAAUCUGCAGCUGCAAUCUCAAAAUGUAUGAUAAUGGGAGCAUCUGCAUCAUCAGUUUGGUAUAAUGUAAGAGUUCGUCAUCCGACAAAAGAAGUACCAAUCUUAGAUUAUGAUUUGGCUCUCUUGUUUCAACCAAUGCUUCUCCUUGGUAUCACUGUUGGUGUUUCUCUCAGUGUUGUUUUCCCUUACUGGCUCAUCACUGUCCUCAUCAUCUUUCUUUUCGUCGGUACUUCUUCAAGAUCUUUUUUUAAAGGUGUUGAGAUGUGGAAGGAAGAGACUUUGUUGAAGAACGAAAUGGCGAAUCACCGAAAAUCCGGGGUUAAUUCCCGAGGAGAACUCUUAAUCGACACAGAGUAUGAGCCGCUUUAUCCUCGAGAAGAGAAAUCAGAACUGGAAAUAAUAAGGUCCAACCUUAAAUGGAAACGGCUUCUGGUUCUGGUAACUGUGUGGCUAGCUUUCUUGCUCAUCCAAAUCAUUAAGAAUGAAAUCAAGGUCUGCAGCACAAUGUAUUGGGUGCUUUUCUGCUUACAGUUCCCAGUUGCUUUCGCAGUGUUUGGAUUUGAAGCGGUGAAAUUGUUCAGAGAGAACAAAGAAAGGAUAAGCUGUGGAAACACUGAGACAAUCUGUGAGGCUACAAUUGAAUGGACUCCUCUGAGUCUUAUCUUUUGUGCUCUUUGUGGGCUCGUUGGAGGCAUUGUAGGCGGUCUCCUCGGAUCCGGUGGUGGAUUCGUUCUCGGUCCUUUGCUUCUUGAGAUCGGAGUCAUCCCACAGGUUGCUAGCGCGACAGCGACUUUUGUGAUGAUGUUUUCUUCGUCUUUAUCCGUAGUCGAGUUCUAUCUCCUCAAGAGAUUUCCAAUCCCAUACGCAUUGUACUUGAUGUCGGUAUCGAUUCUUGCCGGAUUCUGGGGACAAUUCUUUAUAAGAAAGCUCGUGGCGAUCCUGAGAAGAGCUUCGAUCAUCGUCUUCGUUCUCUCGGGAGUCAUUUGUGCAAGUGCUCUCACAAUGGGAGUGAUUGGGAUAGAGAAGAGCAUAAAGAUGAUACAUAACCAUGAGUUUAUGGGUUUCUUAGGAUUCUGCAGUAGUCAAUGA